AAAAGAGUCCCGCUGCCGAACAGUCACGUCAAUUAGAAGCAUUGGAUUGAUAACACCACCCCCGACUGCACGCUCUUCUUCUGUCGCUGAAAUCCCACCAGCAUGGAAGGCCCGUUGCAGUUCAAUUACAGUCAUCCCUCCGCAGCUAACCGUGGGCCAGUGGGCAGGUCAAACAGCAACUGGGUUGUACAGAAGUUUGGGGGCACCAGUGUCGGGAAAUUCGCCCUCAAUAUCAUUGAUCAAGUCGUCGUGCCGAGUCUUUUGGAACAUAAUGUAGCCGUUGUAUGCUCUGCAAGAAGCAGUUCGACAAAAGCUGAAGGUACCACCAAUCGAUUGUUACGAGCCGCGCGGGACGCAGAGAAUGCUCAAUCACAACACUACGUUGCAUUUAUAGAGGCGGUCAGACAGGAACAUGCUCAAGAAGCAGAGGAUCAAAUCCACUCCGAUGAACUCAAAACCCAGCUCGUUGCGGAUAUCAAUGGUGAUUGCGAAAAGGUUCUCAAGGUCCUCGAGGCCGCUCAGACUCUCGGAGAGAUAAGUGCUCGAUGUGUCGACAAGGUUAUCAGUACCGGAGAGAAGCUCAGCUGUCGUCUGAUGGCCGCCCUACUGCAGGACCGAGGAGUAAAUUCGCAGUACGUGGAUUUGGCUGAGGUCAUCGACUUUCCCAUUUCGAGUCAAGGCCUCGACCAAGGUUUCUACGACAAUCUCGCCGCCUCCCUUAGCCGGAAGAUUGGAUCCUGUGAAGGUAAAGUUCCAGUCAUCACCGGGUUCUUUGGGACUGUACCCGGUGGCCUUCUCGACCAGGUAGGCCGCGGAUAUACAGAUCUCUGUGCGGCUUUAGUAGCAGUUGGGAUCCAUGCCCAAGAGCUACAGGUGUGGAAGGAAGUCGAUGGAAUAUUUACUGCUGAUCCCCGGAAGGUGCCAACUGCUCGCCUCCUUCCUGCGAUCACGCCUGCAGAAGCAGCCGAGUUGACAUUCUACGGCUCAGAAGUCAUCCAUCCUUUUACAAUGGAACAGGUUAUACGUGCCAAGAUCCCGAUUCGCAUAAAAAACGUCAUGAAUCCGAAGAGCAACGGCACUGUCAUCUUCCCCGACUCCACUUAUGAGCUGGAAAAGACGGCCCCUGGACAUGACCCACGAUUGUUCCGGACAAGGAGCCCAAGCCUGAUGCAAAGACCGAAGCGCCCGACUGCCGUGACCAUCAAGCAUAAAAUCCUGGUGAUCAAUGUACAUUCCAACAAACGCUCUCUGUCCCAUGGAUUUUUUGCUGGGAUCUUUUCCGUCCUUGAUCGGUGGAGGCUCUCGAUUGACCUGAUAUCUACCAGUGAAGUACACGUAUCAAUGGCGCUUCACUCCGAAGUACCGCUUCUCAAUGGAGUUGGCAGGGAUGAGUAUCAGGUAAUUGAUGAGGACCUCAAGGGCGCCUUGCAUGAUUUGCAAAGAUAUGGUACCGUUGACAUCAUUCCCGAGAUGGCCAUCCUCAGUCUUGUCGGCAAACAAAUGAAGAACAUGAUUGGGGUUGCCGGGAGGAUGUUUACCACUCUUGGAGAAAACAACGUGAAUAUCGAAAUGAUCUCUCAAGGCGCAAGUGAGAUUAACAUUUCCUGCGUUAUUGAAGAAAGAGAUGCGGAUCGUGCGCUGAACAUAAUACACACAAGCAUGUUCACAUUCCUAGAUUAGAUGUGACUUGUAUUAAUCCCAAUCCUUGUCGAACCCAACCCUCCUCUCUGAGUUCUUGCGUCUUUUCUGGCUUUUAUCUGCCAUGAUUGAUACUAUAUCACCCCCCCCCCCCCCCC